AUGUCGUUCAUUCGUCGUAUAUUCUCGCAGACGAAGGAGGAGGAUUAUGAGACGAUACUGUCGAACUUGGCGAGCGACAUCCAGAAACGCCAGGUCCACCUCUCGGAGAUCAGACUACGUGAACGAAGGUCUACGCUCCUCGUAACGCUCUACACAUUGGCGGCGUGGGUGGCCUAUGUCAGCAUCUGGUACUUGAACGCUUUGCCCAGCUUUCGGACGGGAGGGUACAUCAGAAACGCCAGCGUGGAAAGAGCGGUUAAAGGAUUCCCGGUCGUUAUCGGGCCUAUUGCUGUACUCUUCAUCCGCCGUGUUGUCCAAAUCUGGUACAAGCGGAAAGGUGAUGCCGAAGAGAAAUCCUUGAAAGAGCUUAUGAAAAUACGACGUGACAAGGUCGAGGAGAUCAAGAAGAAGACCAACUACUACUCUACUCGUGAUCUCCUUCAAAAGUACGACGAAGCUCCUUCGGCCACGCCUGGACGUCCACGGGCUCCCGGUGGACCCGGCCAGCCUCCGCCAUCCACACCUCAAAGACCGGCUGUCGUGCCCAGCAACGGCAAUCCACUCCUUCAAACCCCGGGUCCUAGUGCAGCCCUCCAGGCACACCUGUCUCCUGUGACGCCUAAUUAUCCCAUUGCGCCGCCUCGCAAACAAUGGUAUGACAAGCUGGCAGAUGCCAUACUUGGAGAUGAUGAUUCGAGUGUGGCGUCCCCGAGUUCGCGAUACGCGCUUAUUUGUGAAAGGUGUUUUAACCAUAAUGGUUUGGUCAAGGAAAACAUGUGGGAGGACGCUCAAUAUGUUUGUCCGAAAUGUGGGCACUUUAAUACCUCCGCUCGUUCCAAAAGAGGACGCGCCCGACAGAGCGCGUCACCUUCCGCGUCCCCGACUUCCUCUCCUUCCAACGGAUCUUCCUUACUCCCUCAGAACCAACCGCAUCGUGUUCCUUCUCCUUCCUCUCCGUCUCGCGGAAGUGACAGCCCGUCGGCGAAAGAUGCCGGAGACCUUCCCACAGUGGACAGUGCCGACUCUAUGAUGGAGGUCGACCAAACUCCCUCUUAA